AUGCUGCUGCUCCUCGUCUUCGCCGCGUCCCGCCUCGCCCACGGUCGCCGCCUCGCCGACGUGGCCUUCCCCGACCUCAAUUUCAUCGUACUCGUCCUGAGUGUGCUUUGGUCCCACCUCUCCCCGCCGGGCUCCGCGGCGCGCCGGUGGGCCAGGUUCGCCAUUUGGGUCGCCAGCUCCUCCAUCACCUUGGGCAUCCCCUGGAGUUUGGUCAUGGUCGGGCCCCCGACUUUCGAGGCCGGUAUCUGGGGCAUUGCGGCCUUGAGCGUCUUGGGUCUACUCUACGUGCUCAUCUUUCACUAG